AUGGAUUCGAUAGUGGCUCUGCCGGUGAAGAUUCCACCUGGACUUUUGAGACCUCUCGCAUACCGUGUCUUGUCAAAGAAAUACGGGCUCAAUAUCAAAUCAGAUGGGCUCGCAGCCUUGGCUGAGUAUAUUGGAACGAGAUUUGGUAUCAAUUGGCGCAAGGAUAGCGGGACUUUUCAGUUUCUGGAGCAGUUUGCCGCGAUUUGGGACCAGCAGGAACGAGGUCUGUUCAUCGACAAAGCAGGGGUCGAAGAAGUGAUUCGAGAGGUAAGGGAGAGAAGUAGACCCGUGGAGCGGUCGGAUACGGAUUUGCCUAAAAAUUUGGAUCGUGCGAAACCGAUUGAUAAUGGCAACUCCGAGGGUGCUUUUAAGCUCAAGACGUUAGACACUCUUCUCGCACACCGAGGAGGUGCUUCUGGAGAGCCUGAUGUGCUAGAGGCGGGCACGCAGACUCAGUCCCCAAUUGAAGAAAUUGAGGUCGACGAGGAUCCCCAAGAUGGGCCAGGACAGCCGGAAGAGCCAAUCAUAGAUUGGCAAGCCCAUUACAAGUUUGUGAAUGCCCACAGCCAACAGAAAUUCGUUUACGACAUAACAACAAGACAAUACCGGCUUAAGGUUCCAAAAAAUGAUAAGACUUCAAUGUUACCCCCCGAGACAUCAAAUGUGUCUCUGUAUGCCACGCGGUACCACAUUGUCAAAGACCGCACAAUGCGGAACGAAAUGUUUCAAGGCGGUGGGGACGCAUUUCAGCCACUGUCCUCAAUGACCAACCUCAACGACUCUAUGAGAAAUGACAGCACGCAGACUAUGACCAUUACGCAAAUCAAAAACAUGUUGGGAAGAGAUGGAAAGAGUUUUCUCAUCCUGGGUCUCCUGAGAACCAAUGCAAAGGGCAUUUGGUCUUUAGAGGACCCCUCUGGUUCUGUAGAAAUAGACAUAUCUCAGGCGAUACCUACAGAAGGUACCUUUUACGUGCCGGGGUGUAUCGUCUUGGCUGAAGGAAUCUAUUAUUCAGCCAGCCAAAAGUUAUAUGUUGCCUCCGUGGUACAUCCUCCUGGAGAGAGGCGAGAUGUGACCAUGGAUGCCAUAGGAAACUUAGAUCUUCUCGGAGUUCACCAGCUCUCUAAUCCCUACUACAUUUCAAGACUCGACAAAGAUCUGAAAAUCAGGCUUCAUCUACUUGAGAGGGAGAUGAGCGAUCACCGAGUUGUGAUAUUAGGAGCGGACAUUUUCCUUGAUCGGAUUCACAUAAUGGAGGCAUUGCGCAAAGUGCUCACCAAACUGGAAACAGAUCCUCCACUCGCAAUAGUUUUCCAGGGCUCUUUCACCUCAACGCCUUUAUUCCCAGUGAUGAACAGUAAAAACAUCAGUGCUACGACCGCCUACAAAAACAAUUUCGAUGCAUUGGCCUUAUUGCUAUCGAAUUUCGAACGCCUCAUUAAUGAGUCAACGUUCGUCUUUGUGCCAGGUCCCAAUGAUCCAUGGACCUCCAUGGUAAGUCUGGGUACGACGGGGAUCUGGCCACAAAGACCCAUUUCUAGCAAGUUUGCCCAGCGUGUCAGCAGAGUGUGCAAGAAGGUAAUAUGGGCUUCCAAUCCUGCGCGUAUUGUGUAUUUAUCUCAAGAGUUGGUAUUGGUGAGAGACGACAUGAAUGGACGAUUUAAAAGACACAACAUUUUAUUUCCGGCAGUGAUCGAUGAAGAGCACGAGGGUGAAGCUGAAGCAAGUUUUACGCAGGACUCCCUCAUGCAGGAGAUCAAUGACAACUAUGAAGGUAUAGAUCAGCUUGUUAAAUCCCAAGACCAGCUUUCGGCGGGCGUACGAGAGGCACGCAAGCUGGUAAAAACAAUACUGGACCAAGGCCACCUGUCGCCGUAUGCAUCGCUCGUGCGACCCGUCGUGUGGGACCUAGACCACACAUUGCAUUUAUCACCCAUUCCAACGGCAUUGAUCCUAGGCGACACAACCGCAUCGCAGUUCGAAGUAACUUAUAACGGUUGCAAGGCUGCUAACACAUCAACAUUUGUACAUAAGCGUUCGGCAAGAUACCUGGAGUACAUCCCGUCAUCUAGGAAAGUUGUUCAGGAUGAAGUUUAUUUUUGA